GCUGUCCAAUGCGCUCUGCUUUGCCUGGCCUGCCACACAAAGCAGGCUUCCAGGCGCGCGUGUGGUUCCAGCUUGUGAGCUGAGCCUCUUGUGAUCCCGAGCCGAAACAAGUCCAUUGUAAAAGGGACGGUACGGAGUAGUCCAAGCAAGGCAUUGGCAGCAGGCCCGGGGAGCUUACCACACCAACCUCCAACAUUGCCUAGGCUGGCCCGGACCAUCCAAGCUGCCUCAGCACUUUUCUUAUUUGUCCCUCCUUUUUGCUUCUCGCCGGCUAUCCUGCCCUCGCUCCUCCUGCCUCCCGUGUCAUCUCAUUACCUCAUCUGCCCUCCUCUCGUCACAAUCUCCCCAGGGCAGGGACACUGCUUGCUCAGGACAGACAAGCCUCGUCUUUUCCGGCAGACACCUCCGUCCACAACAGAACACCCCACCCCCAAGCUUCACCUGCAUCAGCCUUGCCCGCAUCAAUUGAGACCCCCUUUGCGCUGCGGCCUUCCGUAGCCGUGUUGUCUGCUCAACAUGGCGACCGAGAAAGCAGAGGCCGAGCUCAAACAGCAGGGCGCCAUCGAGGCGGCCCGCAACCCUGAGAGCUCGGUGUCAGCCGACGAUGCACAGAAGAAGAUGCUCGAGGAGAGCAAGGCUGCCGGUGUGGCUGCCUUCACCUUUGACCCGGAUGCCACUCCCGAGCAGAAGAGGGCCCAGGCUAGAGAAGCUAUCCCAGAGGGCUUCCAUUCCAAGCGGCAGAAAGGCGCAGCGCUCGUGACCGACAAGGACGAUGGUACCGCGCCGCAAUAUGAUCUCCCAGAAGCCUCCAAGGCCGGCGUUGUUGAAAAGACGAAAGACGCCGACGGAAAAUCGAUACCGGAGGAGGACGGCGACGAUGGAGGCGCAAAGAUGGGCCCAAUGACCGGCUGGGCACCCCAGUUCGGCUGGCCUGUCGAGUCUAUCCAGGAGGGUGAGAGUCUGCUAGACCACCAGACCUGGAUGGAGGGUAAGGUCCCAGACAAGUUCUACGGUGACUGGUACUACAACGCCGCCGUCAUUGCCUUUGCCUGCAUCUCGUCGUGGUUUGUAGCUGUCCUUGGAGGCGGUCUCGGCUGGGUCUUCAUCAUCAUGGCUGUCUGCGCAACCUACUACCGGACCUCCCUCCGUCGGGUCCGCCGUAACUUCCGGGACGACCUGAACCGCGAGCUCUCGCUCAAGCGACUCGAGACCGAUACAGAAUCCCUCGAAUGGAUCAACUCGUUCCUGGUCAAGUUCUGGCCCAUUUACCAGCCGGUGCUGGCGCAGACAAUCAUCAAUUCAGUAGAUCAGGUAUUGAGUGGUGCGACGCCCGGCUUCCUUGAUAGUCUGAAGCUCAAGACCUUCACGCUCGGUUCCAAACCACCGCGCAUGGAACAUGUCAAGACCUACCCAAAGGCCGACGACGACGUGGUCAUGAUGGAUUGGAAAUUUAGCUUCACCCCCAACGAUACUGCCGACAUGACGGCCCGGCAGCUCAAGAACAAGAUCAAUCCCAAGGUGGUUCUAGAAAUCCGGGUCGGCAAGGCCAUGAUCAGCAAGGGCCUCGAUGUGAUCGUUGAAGACAUGGCCUUCUCAGGCAUCAUGCGCCUGAAAAUGAAGCUGCAGCUUCCGUUCCCGCACAUUGAGAAAAUCGAGAUGUGCUUCCUCGACCGUCCGACCAUUGACUACGUCUGCAAGCCCCUCGGUGGCGAGACCCUCGGCUUCGACAUCAACUUCAUUCCCGGGCUGGAGAGUUUCAUACUUGAACAGAUCCACGGCACACUGGCACCAAUGAUGUACGCACCAAACGUUUUCCCUCUCGAGAUUGCCAAGAUGCUUGCUGGGUCCCCCGUGGACCAGGCUAUUGGUGUCGUCGCAGUAACUCUACACGGGGCCCAGGGCUUGAAGAAUCCCGACAACUUCUCCGGCAACCCCGACGGCUAUGCUGUCGUCACCGUCAACAAGAGGCAGCCAUUGGCGCAGACCAAGGUUGUCAAGGACACGCCCAACCCACGAUGGAACGAGACCCACUACAUCAUUAUCACCUCUUUCCACGACUCCCUAGACAUCGAAAUCUACGAUUGGAACGAGUUCCGCAAAGACAAGGAUCUCGGAACUGCGUCUUUCGCUCUUGAGAACCUCGAAGACGAUUACGAUCACGAGAACCAGCGCCUGGAGGUCAAGUCUGGUGGAAAAGACCGCGGUGUGCUCAUGUGUGAUAUCCGCUUCUUCCCCGUCUUGGAGCCUGCCAAGGACGAAGACGGCACGGAAGAGCCGCCGCCAGAGAUGAACACAGGUAUCCUGCGUUUCAACGUCGAGCAAGCCAAGGAGCUGGAUCACUCAAAGAGUAUCGUCGGCCAGCUCAACCCAUACGCUCACCUUCUCCUCAAUGGCAAAGAGGUUCACACUACCAAGAAGCUGAAAAGGACCAACAACCCGAUCUGGGACAAUGGCUCCAAAGAGAUUCUCAUCACAGAUCGCAAGAAUGCCAAGCUCGGCGUGGCUAUCAAGGACGACCGUGACUUGGCUGGAGACCAGGUUCUGGGAACGUACCAAAUCAAGCUGGACGAUAUGCUCGAGCUGAUGGCGAAGGGGCAAGACUGGUACAAUCUCGCCAACACACACACCGGCCGAGUCAAGAUGCAGGCUCAAUGGAAGCCUGUGGCGUUGUCGGGAGUGGUGGCUGGGACCGGAGGUUACCAAACACCAAUUGGCGUCAUGCGCUUUCAUUUCAAGAGCGCCAAAAAUCUCCGCAAUCUCGAGGCGAUGGGCAAGUCUGAUCCGUACGUGCGUGUUCUACUCUCUGGCAUUGAGCGGGGACGCACGGUGCAUCACCGCAACACUUUGAACCCGGACUGGGAUGAAGUCCUCUACAUCCCUGUGCAUUCUGCGCGCGAGAAGCUGGUGGUCGAGGUAAUGGAUUUCGAGAAGAUGGGCAAGCACAGAAGCCUUGGCAUGGUCGAGGUCCCUGCAAGCGAGUACAUAUCACAGGACGAAACUGGCGAAUACCUGGUCCAUGACAAGAAGGCGCUUCGUGAAGACGGUCUUAAGAUGCACGGCAAGGGUGUACCAAAGGGAAUCAUUGAGUACACCGUCGCCUUCUACCCUACGCUGAAUGUUGCCGACCCUGAAGACGAAGAGGAGGAGGAGAAAGACGGCACACCUGCCGCAUCUCAGAACGGGGAUGCAAAGCAGUCACUCGAUGUCCCACGUUCUGGAGAUGCCGGCAAAUUCUCCUCUUCGCUUGGAGCGCCUGUUGACGGAGACAAGGGCAAGGAUGCAACACCCCCAAAGUCGCCUGCCACUCCUAUCUCUCCUGGCUUUCCCCGAAAGUCGAGGGAGGACAGGCAGCCACCGAAGGUCCACCUCACCCCUCAAGAGCUUGUCAAGUACGACUCUGGUCUCAUUAUAUUCAAACUCAUGGAGGCAGAACUACCUGAAAGCCAUGCGCAUAUCGAGGUAUAUGUGGAUGACAUGGCUUUUCCCUCCUACGUUUCGUCAACUGCCAAACACAAGUCGAACCAGUUUGACGAAAUUGGCGAUUGCUUCAUUCGUGAAUUGGAAUUUUCCAAGUUGACCAUCAAAGUCCGCGAGAAAGGUGGCAAGCGCGGCGACGACGACAAAGAUAGCACGCUGGCCCGUCUGACGGGCAACACUCUGGACACAUUGAAGCAGUGCUUGAACAACCCUACCACGCUGAUCAUGAAGGAUGAGGACGGAAAGCCAAGCUCCGUGAAAGUCAGCCUCAAAUAUGUCCCAGUGAAGAUGCAGCUUGACCCCAGUGAGAGCAUCAACAACAUGGGCAACCUUCGGGUCGACGUACUGGAUGCUUUCGACCUGCCCUCGGCCGACUCCAACGGAAAGAGUGACCCUUACUGCAAGUUUGAGUUGAACGGCCGAGAGGUAUUCAAGACGAAGGUGCAGAAGAAGACGCUGCACCCGGCAUGGAACGAGUUCUUUGAGGUUCCGGUUCCCUCUCGUACUGCCGCAGACUUCAGCGUCAAGGUCAUGGACUGGGACUUUGCAGACAAGCCUGACUUCCUCGGCGGCGCAGCUAUCAACUUGGAGUCGCUGGACCCGUUCAAGGCCCAGGAGGUCAAACUCAUUCUGGACGGCAAGUCCGGUACCCUAAGGCUGCGCCUGCUUUUCCGUCCGGACUACGUGACGAGAACUCGACAAGGCUCGUCCACAUUCUCUGGAACGUUUGCCGCACCCGGCAGGAUAGUUACUGGAGUUGCCGGCGCACCUAUCAAGGGCGCCACAGGCAUUGUCCACGGCAUUGGCAAAGGUGCCUCUUUCAUGAAGCGCGGUUUGACAAGCUGGAAAAAGGACGAUGAUUCUAUCCCAGAGUCACCGGCCGGCCUUCAAGAAUCGCCCGUUGUCAUCAACGGUGCUGAUUCGACACCGGGUGGUCUCAAGCGGUCAACUGGUCUUGGAUUGUCCGAUGCUGAUGUUUCACCGGAUGCCUCGCCAACACCAGCUCUUGGCGCCAGCAAUGGAAACCACGCCCGCACUAAGAGCUUCGGCGCAGCUUCGGCACACAGCGGGAUAGUACCCGGGUCAGGAGCUGGCACGGCGACGUUCACUGUUGUCUCUGCCUCCGGUUUCCCGCCGUCCACGGACUUGUUCAUUGUGGUCCAACAGACAAUGCCAAAGAGCAAGACCAUCGGCAAAACCAAGCAUCACAAGGCCUCAGACGGGAUAUUUACUUUCGGAGAGACUUUCAAGUGCGUCUGCGCCCCCGAUGCAGCCUUCUCCAUCCAGGCCAAGGAGAACCACACCCUUAGGAGCGACGAGGACCUUGGCGAACAGUUUUUCCCUCUUGACGAGUCACCCUCUGUCAGCGAGAAGACGAUCAACGUUGGAGAAGGUAGUGUUGUUGUGAGGAGCACAUUCGUGUCCUCCGAGGCCAACGGCGGCGGCAGCCUAACGACAGGCAGCCCUAGAUCGGCCUUCUCCCGACGGAGCUUCCUGGGCAAGAGGGAGGGCUCCAGCGCCCGCAGCCGCGAGCCUACUCCGAACCCUUAGAGAGGGCGGGUAGGCAUGUUCUCUCGCGAGUCGCUGAGGCCGUCACUCGAUGCACGUAGCUUGGAGUAAGAGAAGAGCGAGUUUUGUUCCACUCUUUUUGAGACUGAGGGUAGUUGAGCGCGUCGCAACUCGUUCACCGCGGAUACCUAUUUCCCUACAUUUUUCUUCUGCUGUUUUGGUUGGGUUGGACAGAGGGGGGAUGUGGGCGGGUCAAAAAGGAUUGGAAUAAUUAUUUUUCUUUAUUGGAUUCCCUGCCUUGAUGCUGUGUGUGAAGACUGUGGUCCGGGUUAUGUACACCGGGCCUUGGAGGAGACAUUUGGUCCUGUUUCCCAGACAACCCCUCUAAGUCUGUGGUAGCUAGCUCCCUGGUAAAAACACCAUUAAUAUGACGAUUAUGAGUAUC